AAAUGAUGCAGGUGACAGAGUUACUCCAGCUGUAGUUGCUUACACAGAAAAUGAAGAGGUUGUUGGAUUGGCAGCAAAACAAAGUAGAAUAAGAAAUAUUUCAAAUACAGUAAUGAAAGUAAAGCAGAUCCUUGGCAGAAGCCAGAAAUGCGGUCCUUGGACCUGGCUUCUCAACAAUUAGCCCUGAGAGGGAAGAAUCGGCUGGCUCCUGGAAAUACACUGAGAGCACACAGAGCUUCCCCACACCUUCAGAUUUGCACCUUGCUGCCCAGGAGCUUCCCACAGCUAAUCUUCCUUCCCAGUCCACUAUGGCCAGUUCCAAUAGCAGUGCGGGCAUCCGGUGGUCCAGACAGGAGACACGAACGCUUCUCUCCAUACUAGGCGAGGCAGAGUAUAUUCAACGCCUCCAGACUGUGCAUCAUAAUGCAGAUGUCUAUCAGGCUGUGUCUAAGCGAAUGCAGCAGGAAGGCUUCCGCCGCACCGAACGUCAGUGCCGCUCCAAGUUUAAAGUUCUGAAGGCGUUAUAUUUAAAGGCGUACGUUGCCCAUGCCACGAGUGUGGGGGAUCCGCCGCACUGUCCGUUUUAUGAUACAUUGGAUCAGCUUCUCCGAAAUCAGAUAGUGACUGACCCAGACAACUUAAUGGAGGACACUACUUGGGCCAAGCACUGUGAUCAGAACUUAGUGGCCUCUGACACCCCAGGGGAAGAGGGACCCAGCAUUCUCAGAGCAAAAAGGACUCAGGCAGCAGAUCAUCAGCCUAUCUUGAAAACAGUUAAGGAAUCAGAUGAGGAUUGUCAACUGAGAAUCAGUGACCAGAUGCGAGAAACCAGUGACCUUGAGGACUCCUGGGAUGAAUCCUCGGGUGCAGGGUGCUCUCAAGGGACCCCCAGCUACAGCAGCUCCCACCACCUUUUCAGAGGUGCGGUUGCUCCCUGUCAGAGCAGCCCCAUGACCCGCCUGGGUGUGUCCGGUGAGCCCAGUCCGUGCGCCAGCACCAGCCGAAACACUCCUGGGGUGGCCUCCGCACCGCGGCCUCCGGUCUCCUCCUCCACAGUUCCUUUUGUUUCUGGUGGGGAUAGGCCUUUGACCGGUGAGCCCCCUCCACGGUGGGCGAGGCGAAGAAGGCGGUCAGUGGCCAGGACUAUUGCGGCCGAGUUGGCAGAAAACAGGAGGUUGGCACGAGAACUUUCAAAGCGUGAGGAAGAAAAAUUGGACAGGCUGAUUGCUAUUGGUGAGGAGGCCAGUGCUCAGCAAGACACUGCCAACGAGCUCCGCAGGGAUGCCGUGAUCGCAGUCAGACGCUUGGCCACGGCGGUGGAAGAGGCCACCGGUGCUUUUCAGCUAGGGCUCGAAAAAUUGCUUCAGAGGUUAAUUUCGAAUACCAAAAGUUAAGAAUUGAUUACAAAGAGGCUGUUUCCUAAACUGGUAGAAGCCCAGUUCCAACACCUGCCUUUUGGUACCCUGGCUCCUUUUACACGUCCUUAGGAAUAAAGGAAAGAAAAAGCGGAUGAACCAUUAAUAUGCAGAGUAGCGGGAACGUAUGAGCUAGUUGCUUUUCCAAGCUUCUUCACGAAUUUGAAGACCUCUCGGGUAUGCGAGGAGUGGUCUGACAGAACAGAUGGAGUCGAGACCAGAGAGGGGGUUAGCUGCGGCCUCGCUGCUAGUGUGGGGCAGUUUAGUUUACCUCGACACCAGUUUCCUCAUCUGUAUGGGGGCCCGGUAAUAACUCCUGACCUGCCUACCUCACAGGGUUGUUGUGAGGACCCAAUGGCUAGUAGAUGUGAAAGGGUUUAAAAGUUUAAAAGCACUACACACUAUAUACAUGUAAGUUAUUAAUGCAUAUGACCUUGGCCGAGGUAUGGCUAGGGUGAGGCACGUUAGUUGACAAAGAAUUAUGGUGUCUGCCGUGACCUCAUUGCUUGAAUCUUUACCAGUUUAACUUGACUGUUUCUUAGAAGUGUAAGGUUUUCAUUUUUUUAAUCCCUUUCUGGCUCAUUAGACUGAUAUAGAUCCAUGCGUUUAUACCUUUAUCUCUUAUAUUUUCACUGCUGUGUCUAUGACAUACUUACUAGUAAGCACUCAAUGGUCAAACCAGCUUUCCUUCCCUUUCACUGGUUUUUAGUGUCUUACCACUCUAAGGAUAUAAUUCAGAACGGACAGGGAGCUACAGUUGUGUGUUACGAUUCAUAUGGUCUUCGAUAUGAUGAGGUAUUGGCUGUUUUAUAAAAUAUUAAAUGUAAGUAAAUUCUUUGCAUUCCAUAUUAUUUGGGUCCCUAAUAUACAUAAUUACAUGUCUUUAGGUUUAGGGUGUCACUUGGAACAACAUGUGGAAACAAUUUGGAAUCUGUUUUCCAAGUGCUUUCAGCUAAUUUCAUUCCUUUCUUUUAGCCUUUUUUCUGUCUAGUAUGUUACAGAGGCAAGCCCUAGAAGACUUUGCUUCUGGGGAACUUUGCAAAGUCACUUUUUCUCAUACAGUGUAGACAAAAGUUCACCGUGUUAAUGGCCUGUGGUGGAAGAGGACAGCGGGAACAACUGAGGAUGGUGUGGAUAAAGACCGCCUGCAGUAGAUGACUCCUUUAAGCACAAAGCCCUCAAUAAAUACGUCCUCCUUUCCCCCAAAACAUCCACGCUUCCUUUAGGAGAUACGAAGAUGUUGAGCCAUACUUCCAGUUUACCUUAGAAAGAAUGCCAUUAUUGGCCGUCAUGAAACCAACAAACUUCAAAGCUUUUAAGUGGUUUGCUUAGUACUUUCAGGAAAUACAAAUAAGAGCCUUGGAAUUUAAAAGGCUUUCCUCCAGUCUACAGGCUGAAAAAAACAAGUGCAGGCAUAUUUGAAGAGGUUUUGUUUUAUAUUUUGUAGGCUUGGGUGCUUACCUAUGUGCUGGAAAUGCAGGUGGGUGGAGAAAGAGUCAAAACAACACUAGGAAUAUAGCCAGAGCGUGAGUCGGAGGCAGGCAAGCUGCACUGAUGAACGGGUGAUGUGUGUAGAAGGCAGCUGAUGUGCUAGAGCACUGGAUUCUAACCCUGUCACGGUGUGUGACCUCGGGCAGGUGACUUGCCCUUUUGGUGCCUCAAUUUCUUUAAAAUGAUUUGUACUAGAUGACUUUUCUAGUACCUUCUAGUUCUAAAACAAUUCUAUAAGUGACAUAACAAGAAAAAGGCAAAGUAAACUUUUAAUUGUAAUAUUUUUAGUCACAGUAGCAUAUUGUAUGUUUGAAAUACUGGUAACAGUUGUAUUUUAAGAGAGCAUUCUACGGUAUUAAUAUUUAUUAAUAUACUCCACUUACAUAAGCACCACACCAGACGUAGGUUCCUUGCUUUAAAGAAGCCCAUAUUAAGGCAGUGAAACGGAUAUAUAUGUGUGUGCAUUUUCUCCAUUGUUUUAGGCCUUUGUAUGUGUCUGUUUUAACGGGGUAACGCUAAUAUAAGUACGUAGACUUUCUGGAAAAACAGGGAAGUACUCAAAGGAGAGUUAGGCCUGUACUCUAUUAACCUGUUAAUGGUAGAAAAGUACGUAGGCAGGGCUUUAUUUGAGAUAAGUGCUACAGAACAGGAGUGGAGCUAAACUUAGGAGGUAGUACUGUGAAAAUCUUUUGGGUGAAAUAACUUUAAUGUGAGAAGAAAAGGAAAGUUCUUAAUGAAAUAAACAGAAAAAGAAAACACUGUUAAGAGGAGGCCAUUCUCAUUGAAAGAGAACAAGCUCAGAAACCCUGCCUAGGCUCUGGGCCCCGCCGUUCGUGCCUGCCCACCCUUAGGCAGGUCACCUUACCGCUCUGUGACUCCCAUUCCUCACCCACAGAGGGAGAGACAAACAACCCUCCUACCUACCUCGCGGGAGUGUGGUGAGGGCCAGAUGAACAGAUGAAUGUAAAAACGCUUUCAGAUGUGGAAGGCACUGUCUUGUGACAGUGAUGGGGAAGACCGCCCUGGAGCACAUUAGUGCUGCUGUGUGCCAGCUCCGACAGUCUGCUGAUGGUGCAAGAGACAUUUAAGGAAGGACGAGGAAGAGAAAGCGGCAGUGCUUGUAAAGGUUGUGGUACGACGGUGGGGUUAACACUCUGCCUCCUGAAGACCGUGAUGUAAAUGAGGUGCUGUGUAUGCCAACCUCCCACCACCCUUUGUGUUUCUGUUAAGUGAUUUAAUCCUGGUGUGGACAAAUAAAGUUUUUACUUGUA